UGUUUCCUUACUUCGUCAGUAUUCUGCCGCAAUGACACUCACCUCGCUUGGCUUGAGAGCAGUUCGGACGGGGGCCCAAGCCGCCGGUCAAUGGGCACCAGUUCCAUGGAUAGGUCCUGUUGCCGUCUUGUUGGUGACCAUUAUAGAUAUCUGUAAUCAAGCUGCUUCCAACAAACAUAAACUCGCGCAGCUGCAUCUCAGAUGCCAGCAACUUGUGAUCGUCCUCCACGAGAACGCGGGUGAAGAUUCCGAGCAGCGCGACAAGUAUAUCAGCGAAGUCAAAAGCACAUUAGCAGCAAUUAAAGACAAAGUGGAAAUGUUUGCAUCAAAGUCAAGGGUGUCUGCUAUCAUAGCCCAAGAUGAAAUCUCCACUUCGAUUCAGGAUUGUCAUUCAGCGAUCACAGAUUGUCUCGCUCGUUUUCAUCUCGCCGAGGCGAUACAGUCAUCUCAGUGGAGAGAAGAGUUCGACAAGAUGCAGGUGCAAGACCGUGCCGACUUGCACAAAUUUCUCUCGAGCUUAGAGAAUAGCCAAGAAAUUAUCCAAGCUACUCAAGGGCAACAGACUGAAAUGAUACGUGAGAUCAUGCAAACGAUGCAGUCGCUCCUUCCUCCUCCUUACAAAGAAGGAUCCCAUGAUCGAAUCGAGCGCGAGCCGGCCGACAAGGGUAUUGAGCACAAUCUGUGGGCACUCCAGAAGUCGAGUGGUCUCCUUCUCGCGAAUCCAGAGUUGAGCCAUGGCGAGACUCGUCGCACAAGUGACCUCCCAGUUAGCGGCUCCGGGACCAUGGACGUUUACGAGGGUCUUUACCUUAACAAAGAGAAAGUCGCCAUCAAGGUUUUGCGAGCUCUCCAUCGUAGCGAAGACAGCUUACGGCGGCUCAGGCGAGAAGCUGACGUCUGGCGCCAAGUCUGGGAGAUAGACCAGGGGAGGCGUAUCCUCCCACUCUAUGGCUUUGGUCAAAAUGAGGGCAUCUUCCCCUACUUCGUGAGCCCGUGGCAAGACAACGGUCAUAUUCAAAGCUUCCUCAAGGCGAAUCCUGAGCAUGAUCAUAUCAAACUGGUUCGUCAAGUUUGUGAAGGCAUCCGGGUCUUGCAUCAUAUGGAUCCCCCGAUCGUACAUGGCGACCUCAAGGGCAAAAAUGUCUUGAUAAGCAAAGAUACUACACCUUUACUCUCUGACUUUGGUUUUAGCAAGGUCGUUGAAGACAUUAGCGGCGUCAUGCUUACCAUGUCCACCGGGAUAUCGAACUCCCACCGCUGGCUAGCUCCCGAGCUGAGCUUCGACAAUGGACGGAUGACGACUGCUUCAGACAUCUAUUCACUUGGUAUGCUGUUUCUUGAGAUCUUGACUCACCACGAUCCCUGGAUGGAGUACAGGCAGACGACCCAUGUCAUCGUACAGGUUGCGGACGGAGAAACCCCAGGGCGCCCUCGCGGUCCUGAAUAUUCGUCGCGAGGCCUCAACAAUUAUAUCUGGAAAAUCAUGAAACAGUGCUGGAGCCGGGAGAUUGUUAAGCGCCCAAGCAUUGACCAACUUAUUGAACUUCUGAAGGACUGGAAAAUUGACGCUGAUGAGGAUUGAUUGCCUGAAUCUGAGCAACUUUCUUCAACUCAUAUCGCUCCUUAAAUCUGCACCUUGUUUUCUCAUCGUUGAUUAUGUUACGAGAUCUCGCACACAUUGUUUAGUAUUACCAUGAUGUAAUCGGUCCUAGUUUGAAACCAAUAUACAUUGUAUUAG